AUGGACGUCAAGCAGAUGCAGAUGAUACAGAAUAACCACGCCGAACGAAUUUCUCGGUUGGAGAAGCACCAAGCUAACGAUGCCGCGAUCAAAUCCGUUUGGAAUUCGCCGUUUCCCAGCGCUCUAAGCGGACCACUCCAGAUGCCUCCAAACGAAAUUUUUGACGAUUUUGAGGAGCAGGGCCAGAGCCUUCUGGGAAGUUUGCACUUGGAUGCUGAAGAUGAACCGGCAAGGCGCGGCGCGGCUUCUAGAGCGAAUAGUGUUCGCUUCGAUGAGAGUGCUCUCCAGGGUUCGAGCUGGGCGCAAAAUGGUCGCCAUUCAGGCGACUUUGGUCCAAUCAGACCCGGCAGCGGCCUUGGCAACCACAACAUGAUGGAACGCUCUCUGUCUCACAAGUCGGAUGGCAGGCAUAGCUCUGCCGGCCAUUCGGUCCACUCUCACCAUUCCAUUGCCUCCGGACGCGGAAGUAGCUUAGGUAUAGACACUACGUUUACACCCGCCGGCCAAGAUGACGAUUCUCCGAUUGGGAUUCCAGAGCCGCCGCCGAGCCUGUUUGUGUUGGGUUCCGUGCCUUCAAUUAUCCGAUGCUGGCUAGCUCCUAAUUUUGCGCACGACACCCUACUUUACGCAGUCGUGUGCACCGGGUCGCAGAAGUCGGUUGUCGAAUUUUCUCUGAUCAAAGAAUUAGACUUGACACGUGAUAUUCAUCGCGAUUUAGAUGGUGUUCACCGAAUCCGUUUACCCGUGUACUUGACAGAGGCAACCGUAUCGCAACCGAGUUCUCGAGGAAUGAGUCCAGCUCCGCAGAUACCGAGUUUGACGUGCACGUUCGAAGUAGCAGGGGUAGAUCUGCCCGACAAUAUCGAAGCCAAAAAGACUAUCCGCACCUUCAUUGGUAGCGAGGCACUGAGAGAGCAUUGCGCCGAUAUUCUGUUCUCGCAGAAUCGUAUGACACUGUACAGUAGCGAACGUGAGAAACUGUCUGUACCCUUCGUCCGCCCCGAAGAUAGUGGAAUCUUCAAGCAUAUUCGUACGAUGGCUAUCUUCCCCGAGAAACCGAAGUUGAACGCCACAGCGCGCCCAUUUGUCUUGGGCGAAGCCAAGUCACAAGCGACCACGGCCACGGAGUCUGACAGAGCCCAGACGAGAGAAGUGCAUGGCGAGGAUGAUGCCCGAGCGCUUGCAUCGCCAUCUUCGGAACUAGCGAGCCAGCAGGCCGCAACUGCCGGGGCAAGUAGCAUAUCAGAAAGCGGCGGUGAAAGUGAGAGGCACUACAAAGAGAUGAGUAGCUCGGAGUCGGGUACGAAGGAGCCCCAAGUUCAGCCGAAUGAUACACCAAUCAUGAAAAUGCCGAAGCACGAGGUCGAUUACUCGUUAUAUUUGGUGACAGACUCGACGCCCGCCAUCCUCGGCGAUGCGGAUCUAUGCGAGGUAGUCGAAGCUGCUCUAAAGGGUGGCGUCACAUGUGUUCAAUACAGGGACAAGACUAGUGACACAGGUGUACUGGUAUCAACGGGCCGAAAGCUACACCAGAUCACCAAGAAGUACAAUAUUCCGCUACUCAUCAACGAUCGCAUAGAUGUUGUGCUUGCGGUCGGUUGCGAGGGCGUGCAUAUCGGGCAGGAUGAUCUUGAUCUACCGACAGCUAGAAAGAUCCUAGGAGAAGACGCUAUCAUUGGCGUUACCGUGAGCAACAUUGCUGAAGUAGAGUCCGCAGCUAAAGGAGGCGCUGAUUAUUUGGGGAUUGGGACUGUGUUCGCUACAUCUACAAAGGAAAAUACGAAGAGUAUUAUCGGAGUGGAAGGCCUCCAGGAAAUUCUACUUAGGAUCGCAGCCGAGAACUGGUCCGUAAAGACGGUAUGCAUUGGCGGCAUCAAUGCAUCCAACGUAUCACGUGUAGUAUGGCAGAGCUCCGGAAAGGGGAAGUCGCUUGACGGCGUUGCAGUCGUGAGCGCUAUUAUGGCAGCCCGAGACCCGGAGGCAGCUUCGAGUGAACUCCUCCAGCUAGUCAAAUCACCGCCUGCAUUCGCAAAAUACGGCGUGACUCCAGGCCAGCAGACGAGAUCGCCCCAGGAGCUGCUUGCUCUCGUGCCGUAUAUUAUUAAAGCCGUCAACAGCAAGAAACCGCUCUCUCAUAAUAUGACCAAUCUGGUCGUCCAGAACUUCGCUGCCAAUGUUGCGCUGAGUGUGGGCGCCAGCCCUAUCAUGGCGAAUUACGGCGAAGAGGCUAAGGAUUUGGCGAAGCUGGGGGGUGCGCUGGUUAUUAAUAUGGGCACGGUUACGCCGGAUGGGUUGACGAAUUAUUUGAAGGCUCUUAAGGCAUAUAAUGAUGCUGGACAGCCCGUUGUGUAUGAUCCUGUGGGUGCCGGCGCAACCGCUAUAAGACGAUCGGCCGUCAAGACUAUCCUUGGCGGUGGCUACGUUGACGUCCUCAAAGGGAACCAAUCGGAGAUCCUGUCUUGCGUUCCCGGAGGAUCCAACGUUCAACAACGAGGCGUGGACAGCGGCCCCGGCAACCAAAACCUCCAGGAGCUAGGAUCCGUGAUUCAGGAACUGGCCCGGCUCCGAAGACAUGUCGUUGUGAUGACCGGGAAGACGGAUCUAGUGACGGCCGGGGAGUCAGUGUUCGCGAUUGAGAACGGCCACGAGUACCUAGGAAUGGUUACGGGCACAGGGUGCUGCUUAGGCACAGCCAUCUCAGCUGCAGUCGCAGCGCACCGCAACGACAAGCUCGCCGCGACUAUAUCCGCGAUAUUGCAGUACGGCAUUGCGGCGGAGCUGGCAGCGGAGAGGCCGGAUGUUAAGGGUCCGGGCACGUUUGUCCCGGCGUUUAUUGAUGAGUUGUAUAAUGUGAGGAAAGCUACGGUUAAGGGAGAUAUGGAGUGGUUGAAGAGGGCUAAGGUUACGGUGGUAUCUUGA